UAAUCUAGACGUUACCCAUUUCAAAAUUGUGUCACCUGUAUUGGCAAUGUCAUUAUAUUUCACUAACUUUAUUGGAUAUUAAUUAUUAUUAGUUUACAAUUGUAAUUAGUUUGUAGCCAUAAUGGGCUGUUUAUCUUCAAAGAAUGAGAAUGAGGAUGAAGGCGUAUAUGACAUGACGCCCAUCAGAAACCUCCCGGUCAUCUUCGUGAACGGUGUUCCCGGCGCCGGGAACCAGACGGUGGCGCAGACCAUCUCGAACAUCACCGGCUACACCAUGAUCAGGCCUGGCGAGCUGGUGCGCGCCGAGGCCGAGAAGGAUACGGCUCGGGGCCGGCUGAUAGCUGACCGGCUGAAUGCGCAGGACGAGGUUCCCGAGGUAUCUAACCAUCUCCAACAUCACCGGCUACACCAUGAUCAGGCCUGGCGAGCUGGUGCGCGCCGAGGCCGAGAAGGAUACGGCCCGGGGCCGGCUGAUAGCUGACCGGCUGAAUGCGCAGGACGAGGUUCCCGAGCAACUGACGGUGGACCUGAUCAAGGAAGAAAUGCUGCAGCAGCAGGACUGCAAGGGGUUUAUCCUGGUGGGCUUCCCCAAGAGCUCGCGCAUGUCCAGCAUGUUCCACCGCCAGGUCAAGUGGCCGGAGAAGAUCGUCGCCCUGGAAGUAGAUAAUGAGGUGGCAGCGAAGAGACUUCAGGCGAAACUAUCGGAACUGGGCAGACCAGAGUCGGACAUAAACUCCGCGAGGCAGAUCGUCAGGGAAGCAGCGCACAAAGUCAAGAGCGUGCACAAACGGCUGGGAGGACACAUUGUCACGCUGGAUAGCUCUAGCAACCCGAAAGCGCUAGCGUCUACUCUAGAAGAGAUCUUGUCGGACAUGCUGGAAACCCCCGCUAAACAGGAGCGGGACGGGGAGGGAAGCCAAGGGCAACAGGAAAGCCAGGGGACACAGGAAAGCCAGUGGACACAGGAAAGUCAGGGGACACAGGAAAGUCAGGGGACACAGGAAAGCCAGGGGAGGCAGGAAGAGAUCCGCGCUGAGGUCACGGCCAGUUAGGGUAUCGGGAUUGUGAAGUUUUUAAAAUAAUUUAUUGUACGAGUUUUUUAA